CUCGCGAGAUCAGCAUUUUGCCACUGUUUGCUGUACGCAUGUUUGUUGACGUCGUAGGGACUACGCAGACACCAAUUCUAAGUUUCGUUCUCUCCUGGUUCACUUUAAUGGAUUGUCAAGGAGCCCUGGACGACGCCGAAAGGCCAAGACACCGGCCUUUCCUAAUCGGAGUUAGCGGAGGAACGGCCAGCGGCAAGUCCACAGUUUGUGCCAAAAUCAUGGAGCUUCUGGGUCAGAACAAGGUGGACCACCGCCAGAGGAAGGUAGCAAUCAUAAGUCAAGACAGCUUCUACAAGGUUCUGACCCCAGAACAAAAGGCUAAAGCUCUAAAAGGCCAAUACAACUUUGAUCAUCCAGAGGCUUUUGACAAUGAGCUCAUGUGCAAAACCCUAAAGGAUAUUGUGGAAGGGAAGGUGGUUGACGUCCCAACGUAUGACUUUGUGUCCCAUUCCAGGUUGGAGGAACGGAUCACCGUUUAUCCAGCAGAUGUGGUCCUGUUUGAGGGGAUCCUCGUUUUCUACCCCUUGCAAGUGCGUGAAAUGUUCCACAUGAAGCUGUUUGUGGACACAGAUUCAGACGUCCGACUGUCUCGCAGAGUCUUGCGGGAUAUGAGCAGGGGGAGGGACUUGGAGCAGAUCCUCAGUCAGUAUACGACAUUUGUAAAGCCCGCUUUCGAGGAGUUUUGCUUGCCUACAAAGAAGUAUGCAGAUGUGAUCAUUCCAAGGGGAGUAGACAAUAUGGUGGCCAUCAACCUCAUAGUGCAGCAUAUUCAAGAUAUUCUCAACGGUGAGAUUUGUAAGUGGCAACGCGGAUCUAUCAAUGGCCACGGACGAAGUUUCAAACGGACCAUUUCGGAGCAAACCGACCUGCAGAAUGGAGCGUCUUCCACAAAGAGAGUCCUGCUGGAGCCCAGCACCCGGCCCCACUGAUGAUACUUCUGUGGGACGGUUGGGUCCGGACUGCCAGUACCGAGCUUUUGAAUUUUACUUGCUGCUAUUGGUGUGAGCAGAAUGGAGGGGGGGGGGAGUGGGGAGUCUUUUGACCUCGUUACUGUCGUUUCUUUUCAUUUUAACAUCAUUUUUGUCUUCCAUUUUAAAGGUUUAAAUCCGUAUUGCACAAUUACUAGCGUGUUACUGCAUUCAAGAGAAAGACAAAACACACCCUCAGUUCUACGGUUCAUCUGUCUUUAAAUAGAAAAGGUGAACUGGUUUCUGAAAUAUUUUGACGUAAAUGAAGGACAUAGAAUAUAAGCAUUAAAACACACAAAAGUCUAAGAAUCCUCAAAAACAAGGAGCAGGAUCUAAUUAAAACCUCGUUUUUGAGAUGAUUUGUCAAAUGAUCUAGUGGAGUUCAGACAAAUUGUACAUUUUGCGUUUCAAGCACCAAAUCUACCAUGGAUGUGCCUCUUUCAGAAAAAAGCCUGUUUGCCUUGAGAAAAAUCCAAAAUGGCAGCCAUUUUUAAAGAUGGCAGCCACACACUCAGUUGUUACAAAAAGAUUUGAUUUCUGUUUGCUCCCAUCUCAACAAUAUGAAUGCACAAAUUACAGUCUUUUAUCUUCAGGGAGACCUACAGAUUAAGAUUAUAUUUAUUUUUAAAUCUUACAUUUUCUUGUGGCAAACACGCUUUUGCCAAAUUUGGUGCUUUUCCCACAAAAUGCACGAUUAUUUUAAUAACCGGUUCCACUAAACUGUGCGCCACCUGUUUCGUGGUGCUGAAAACCCACUCUGAUGAAAAUCAUGUUUUAUGUUCUUGUGGCACGUUUCUGUAUUUCUUUAUUCAAAUUGGGAUCAGACAAAUAAAUACAAGUCGUUUGAAACAAAGAAAUGAUUUAUGACUUAGGAAAUACUCCGGGGGGUGGGGGUGGGGAUGGCACAAGCUCCCUGCUCCGCAACGGGAAAAGGAAAGGGGGACGGGGUUGCUCCGCGGUCACACCCACAACACGGAGGCAAACAUUGUCAUACUUUGGGGGGGGUAAAAACGGAAAAAAAGACCACUUGGAACAUUUUGAAAAUAGAUCCGAGGAUGAUCGGAGUGGGUCUUGAACUGAUGAGUGGUUUCCUGCUGUCUUUGGGGGUCAAAGCGGUUUGUUUGGCCUUUCGUUCAGUUCCUCAUUUCAGUUUAAUUCUAGUCAUUUGUCUGGUACCAACAGGGUAUCAGACUUACUAAAUGCAUUAGAACUUGAAGAAAAUGUUUUCCUCAUUUUUUCUCUAACGUUUAUGCUAAUCUAUUUAAUAUUUCUCAAAAUGUUAUGUAAUUGGGUGCAUUUAGUCCUGCUUUUGCAUGUAAUACUGUUUAAACUGGUAAAAUGGUCUUUUUGUAAACGACUUCUGUAUUUUAAAAUAAGUUAACACAAAUGUAUUAUUCUUGCUGCCUUUUUUAAUUGAGGGAUAAAUUCUUAAAAUGGAUUUAGAGCCAGGUAUCAAAGCAGUAUUUGAAUUUCAUUAUUGAAUUCAAUCCAUGCCUUCCUUUUGUUUUGUUUUUUAAAGUAAUUUUUCUCACUGUUUCUGAAGCAAAUAAAAGAAAAGUGAUAAAGUUUUUGUCUUAUUGGAAGAAGAAAAAAAAGGUUUCCAUAAAUGUGACGUUUCUAGAAACAGAGCUGUUUGUUUUUAUUUGAGAGCAGAGUGUGAUGUGUCGGUUUAAACCCAAAAUGAAAUGAUUUACUACAGCACACGUUGGAAUGACACACACACACACACACACGUCACUGAGGACUUCAGUCACACUUCUUCACACACACACACACAGCUGGAACAUGAUUGCCCGAUGGUUCUCUAGUUUAACACUGCACCCGAUGAUUCGGUAUGACAUACAUAGAUCACAGCAUCUUUAGUUAUUCAUCUUUUUGCUUUGCUUUUUUUAGUGCACAUACAUAUAUGGCACUUGGGAGAAGCUAAGCUAUUCUUAUUAGCAUAAAUGUCCUUUUUAAGAACAAAAGGAGCACU